UAGGUGAGUAGUUCGGCCUCCCUCUAAAUUCCGUCGGGCGCGCUGAUGUACCAAGUUAGCUACGGUACUCAGACAGGGUGCGAGCGCGGGCCUGUCAUUGUGAUGCAUCAUCGGCCGGACGACGCAUCACAUAUAUUGGCCUCGACAUGAUGUGCUGAGCAGCACCGGUGCCCGGUCAGUGAUACUGUCAGAGUCGCUCUCAUCGCACGACAGAUCGAUUCGCACCCCCAUGUCUGCCAUUGACACUGCGUUGACGGGAUAUGCCAGCUCCGUUCAUGAUUACAACGCCCUCGCCACAACGGUGCUGCUCUGUUAUGACUGUCUCCUGAAUCUCGAUAGAGAGAUUCCGCUGAUCUGGUCCCGGAGGCCGACAAUCAUCUCCGUGUCUUAUGUUCUCUGCCGAUAUUCCAUGGUGCUUUACGCAGUCCUAGGCUGGGUAUCGUCUUCAUGUACAGCCGUAUCGAACUCUCGGCAUGUCCUUGGUGUGCUUUUCUCUCCCGUCGUAACAGUUUCUGCAUAUGUCAAAGUCUAUGCUGUCAGUAGACGUGACUGGGGGUGGACGUCCAUCGCUGUUAUGCUGGGGAUUGUCUCUCUCGCCACACAUAUCUUUCUCUAUGCGAUAUCCACCUUCAAGAUAGCCACACUUCCCGAUUUCGUAGAGUCUUGCAUCGAAACGAGAGGUAUCUCCGAUGUCGAAUUAAAGAGAUUAAUCAUUGCGACACGCAUAUGCGCCAUCACGUCCGACCUCACCGUAAUUGCAGCGAUAACAUAUCACACGAGAGGGCAAGGGAUCCUCAGUCAAGGCCUGCCCCAGAGCAGACCGUCACUCGUACUCCUCAUACAGAGAGACGGAUUUGUGAUGUUUGUGUAGGUGCUAAAGGGAGCUUUCGAUGGCUUUAGAUCGACAAUGAUGAUGUGUCUAGGUUCUUCGCUGUCCUCAAUAUAUUCGCCGUUGCCCUCUACUUCACAGUACCGUACGGCUGGGCCUUGACGAUAUUUGUUGACCCCGCCAUCUCCAUCAUCAUCUCACGCAGCGUCUUGCGACUCCUGGCAGCGACCAACAACAGCGUGCCAGAGGACAGCGAUGACAUCGAAACGCUCCACUUGUCCUUCGUCCAACCAGAACAGCUGCCCACGGAGCUGUCUAGUGUGGUCCACUACACCGCGAACGUGUUCAAUGCAGUCGUCUCGCGAAUU